AUGCAGCAGCCGCAGAACAACGACGUGACCGACAUCAUCAUCGACGACAGCCCGGCGCCGAUGGAGGUCGAGGAGGCUCCAAAUGUCCACGACUAUGAGGCUUUCGCGGCCAACGCGAUGCCCGACCUCGGACUCGAGAUCGAGGACUUCCAGGCCCAGACCUGGCGCAUCGAGAACUGGAGCAAGCAGCCGCGACGGUUACAGGGACCCGAGUUCAGCUGUGGUGGACACAAGUGGCGCAUUCUGCUCUUCCCCCAAGGCAACGCGAACGGUCAGCCGAAUGAUAUGGUCUCGGUUUACCUCGACUAUGCCAACCCCAAGACAGCCCCCGAGGGCUGGCAUGCAUGCGCACAGUUCUGUCUCGCCAUCUCUAACCCAUCCGACCCUACUAUCCACUCGUGUUCUCACGCCCACCACCGUUUCAUUGCCGAGGAGUGUGACUGGGGUUUCACUCGCUUCGCCGAUUUACGCAAGCUGACCACCCCCGACUACGCCAACGGCAAGACGCGACCCACGAUCGAAAACGACGAAGUAGAGAUCACCGCCUUUGUUCGUGUCCUUAAGGACCCGACUGGCGUGCUUUGGCACAACUUCAUCAACUACGACUCGAAGAAGGAGACUGGUUACGUUGGACUGCGCAAUCAGGGUGCGACAUGUUACAUGAACUCGCUUCUUCAGUCAUUCUUCUGCACGAACGCGUUCCGCAAGGCGGUCUACCAGAUCCCGACCGACAAUGACGACCCAUCAGAAUCCCUCGCCCUCGCUCUUCAACGUGUCUUCUACCUGCUCCAGACCUCCAACCAACCUGUCGGCACUCGCGAGCUGACGACGUCGUUUGGAUGGAAGCCCGAGUCGGAUACCUUUAAGCAGCACGAUGUGCAGGAGCUCGCACGUAUCCUGCAAGACCGUCUUGAGGCCAAGAUGAAGGGAACGCCCGCCGAGGGAUCGAUUCCCAAGCUCUUCAAGGGCCAGAUGAAGACUUACAUCAAGUGUGUGGAUGUUGACUACGAGUCCUCGGUCGUCGAGGACUUUUAUGACCUCCAGUUGACCAUCAAGGGUCUCAAGGACCUCCGGGCUUCCUUCAAGGACUACUGCUCGGUUGAGACCCUCGACGGCGACAACAAGUACCAGGCCGAGGGCUACGGACUCCAGACGGCCAAGAAGGGUGCUAUUUUCAAGUCCUUCCCCCCUGUCCUUCAUCUUCAGCUUCGCCGUUUCGAGUACGACUUUGAGAAGGACGAUCUUGCGAAGAUCAACGAUCGUCACGAGUUCCCGAUGGAGAUCGACCUCGAAGAGUUCCUCGAGGAGGGCGCUGAUCGCUCGGUGCCCCACAUCUACAAGCUGCACGGCGUUCUCGUCCACCAUGGUGACCUCAACACUGGCCAUUACUUCGCCCUGAUUAAGCCCGAGAAGGAUGGACGAUGGCUCAAGUUUGAUGAUGACCGCGUCACACCCGUGUUUGACCGCGAGGUUCUCGAGGACAACUUUGGCGGUGGCGAGCUCCCGAACGGACCACCGCACCGCCUCGCCGCUCGCGACCCGAAGAUCAAGAAGGCUACCAACGCCUACAUGCUUGUCUACAUCCGCGAGAGCGAGCUUGACAACGUCCUUGCGCCGUUCACCGAGGCUGACACUCCGGUCCACCUCAAGAAGCGUCUCGAUGACGAGCGCGAGCAGCUUGAGGCCAGGCGCAGGGAGAAGAAUGAGCAGCACCUGUACCUCACCGCGAAGGUCAUCACCGAUGACAUUUUUGCCCGUCACCAGGGCUUCGAUCUCGCGUCGUUCGACGACAAGAACCUGCCGGCUACCGAGUUGCCGACAUUCCGUGUCCUCAAAACCGAGACGUUUGCCACCUUCCGUCAGCGUAUCGCUUCCUACUUCAAGAUCUCCGAGAACGACUUCCGCCUCUGGGUUCUGGUGAACCGUCAGAACAAGACGAUCCGCCCCGAUGUUCCUAUCAGCGAGCGCAACGACAACCAGACCAUGGAGUUCAUCCGCAACAACAUGGCUGCGCGUACCUCGGACCUUCGACUGUACCUCGACUUCAACGCGGAUCACGCCAAGUUCAACCAGAUGCACGCUGACCCGAACAACCAGCCGAUCAUGGUCUUCCUGAAGUGGUUCGACUGCAGCCGCCAGACUCUCCUCGGUCAGGGCAAGGUCUUUGUCAACAAGAACAGCAAGGUCAGCGACCUCUACGGUGUCAUUCAGGAGAAGAUGGGCUGGCCCUCUUCAACACCGAUCAAGCUGUACGAGGAGAUCAAGGCUGGCAUGAUCGAGCAGAUGAAGGUCAAGUACACCUACCAGCAGAACGAGAUCCAGGACGGUGAUAUCAUCACGUACCAGGUCGACAUGACGGAGAAGGAGGUGUCCGAUCUUGAGGCCCAGUCUCUGUACUCGAGCGUACCCCAGUUCUACGACUUCCUCCAGAACCGCGUUCUCGUCCAGUUCAAGCCUCGCGAGGAAGACCCGACGGGCAGGGCACCCGAGUUCGACCUCAUGCUCAGCAAGAAGAUGGUGUACGACGUCAUGGCCCACCGUGUCGGAGACUACCUGAAGCACGACCCCCUCAAGCUUCGCUUCACUUCGUCGAACCCGCAGACCGGUGCUCCCAAGGCGAUCAUCAAGCGUGCUCUCAAUCAAAGCGUGGCGGACAUCACGCAGACCAACUACUACAGCCAGCACCCGAACGUCAUCCUGUACUACGAGCUGCUCGACAUCAGUAUCAUCGAGCUCGAGACGAAGAAGUCGCUCAAGAUUGUCUGGACCGGUCGCAACAACAAGGAGGAGGCCACGCACCCGUUCCUGCUUCCGAAGACGAGCACGUUCAGCGACGUUGCGGACCAGCUGCUCAAGACGGUGAAGUUGCAGCCUGGAGGCUCUGGCAAGAUUCGCAUCUUUGGCAUCUCGAACAACGGAAGGUCGCAGCGCGAGUACACCGGCGCCGAGCUUAUCGGCAACUUACCGGACCCUGCUCAGCUGUACGCCGAAGAGAUUCCUGUCGACGAGCUCAACGCUACGGACAACACGCGCAUCGUCAACUUGUUCCACUACUCGCGUGACCCCUCGAAGCACCACGGCGUUCCGUGCAAGUUUGUCAUCAUUGAGGGCGAGCGGUUCGAGGACACGAAGAAGCGGAUACAGGAGAGGAUUGGCGUCUCGGAUAAGGACUUCUCCAAGUUCAAGUUCUCGCUUGUCCAGUCGACGGUAUACAAGCAGCCGUCGGUUGUCGAGGACAACGAUGUUCUGUACGACCACAAGUGGCAGCAGGACGACGCGCUCGGUCUCGACCACUACGACAAGAGGCCGAAUAAGCACCACGCCGACGGCAUCGUCAUGAGGUAA